AUGUCCGACGAAACAGCCCCCACUCAUGAAACGCCGGGUUCUACUCGCACUGCGGACGCUUCGGACAUGCAGACAGCAAAGGACUGGUUCAAGUCCGUUUUCAAGAUCCAGCACGCGGCCAUUGUAGAGGCACAGGCCGAACGUCGACAAGCUGCUGAGGAUCGCCGACAAGCCCUAGAAGAUCGUCGCACGGACCGACAACUCCUGAUGUCCGCUCACCAGGCCAACGCCGCCCGCAUUAGCCGCUUAGAAGACUUACUUUUAGCGAUGAAUAUCAAAAACGAAACGGAUGUCCGUCCAGUACAGCCCGCUCCGGGCCGAGUGGACCUGCAGAAGUUCCGUACGUCGGAUGGUCCGAUCUACAGGGGACCGUUCCAAGAAACCGAGCCGUUCCUUCGAUGGAUCCAUGGCGUACAGAUUUUUUUCGACACCAAAGACGUCAACAAUGCAGCCGACAGAUUAGGAUCCCCGUCCGGCCCAUCGUCCACCCCAGGAAAACCCACUCAACCUCCCGCGGGGAGACCUUCAACCCGUGCCGCAAGCGUCGCAGGCGUUACAGAUGUCACACCCCUAGAAGCCCAAGUCUCUGCGCUACAACUAGACGCGGCGAUGCGAGAGGACAGCCGUUGGGAUACAUACUUUGACGACGAAGGUUGCUACCCUAGUAUGGAACCGGCCGCUGUGGCGGCACUCGAAGAUCUUGACAGACAACUCCUAGCAAACGAGAUUGAGCAGGCCGAACAGGCCAACCUAGCGGAUGCUAUCGCCGGUCAUCCUGGACGCGCCUAA